UACAUCCCACUGCUGAUAUGGCUCGUGAUAUCGCUCAGCAGCACCAUCACCGUUCUCACCUUUCACACACAAGUCUUCAAAGGUCUAGAUGAGCUCUCGAGGACUCUGCAGCAUAUGGGCCUGGCAGGCAAAGUCUCCAUCGGCGGUCUGAUCUUCCUGACCACCUUCCCACCGCUGCCCCUGUACUCGACCUUGAUCGUCCUCUGCGGCUUCUCCUUUGGUCUCUGGCAAGGCUUCGUCAUCAGCUACAUUGCCGCACUAUCAGGCGCCAUCGUAGUCUACCUACUCAGCAAGUCCCUGCUCAGGAAAUGGAUGGACAAGCUCAUGGCUAAGUCAGGUGGAUUGAAGAAGGUCGUCAAGGCCAUUGAGAAGCGGCCGAAGCUGCUCUUCUUGAUCCGCCUCGCGCCCUACCCUUACAACCUCAUGAACACUCUCCUAGCGUCGAGCCCCACACUCACCUUCAAGACUUAUUUUCUCUGCACGGCCCUCGCUCUGCCCAAGUUGCUAGUGCACUGCGGUCUCGGCGCCUCGAUCAAGAACUUUGCCGCCUACCACGGCGAAGGAGGCGAGACCACUGAUUCCAGUCAUGGCCAGGGUGGUCAAACUUCUUCCGGAGGCGGUACAAGCACAGCAGAGACGGCCAAGCGCAUUGCGGGCUUCGUGGGCGUGGGGCUGUGCAUUGGAAUCUUCAUCUACCUCCUCUCUGUUGCGCGCAAGGCGGUAGAUGAGGAGCUGGAUAGUGAU